GACACCAGUCUUCUGUCUUCUCCAUCACCAUCUGUCUCCCUAGGGUUUCUCUCUCUCCUCUCUCUCUCUCUCCAGAAACUCCAAGAGAUCAAUCAAAUCCGCAGCCAAACCUUUUUCUUCUCUCUCUUCGUCUCCUCUGGUUUCGAGGAAUUAUCAGAUCUCUCCGUGUUCCUUUUUUUUUUUUUAAAGAGAAACCAUUUUAUUAAGAAAGGUACGUGAGAAUAAUACAUAUAUCAGAUCCUGUGUUACGAUUCUUCGGAAACGGUUUAUAAGAAUCGUUAUGGAAGCGGGGAGCGAUGGUGCAGCAGUAGAAUGUUCAAACAGAAGUAGGAGUGAAGAUGAUGAGAAGAAUUGUAAUAAUCAGAGGGAAUUAGGAAACGAAGGGAGCUCCAGCAACAGCACCAUUGAAGAGAAUAAUACUCACGAUCAUAAUCAGAAGAAUAAGCCGAGCGUGCGGCCGUACGUUAGAUCCAAACUCCCCCGACUCCGGUGGACGCCUGAUCUCCAUCACCGUUUCGUUCAUGCUGUCGAAAGACUAGGCGGUCAAGAAAAUGCUACCCCUAAGUUGGUUCUUCAGUUAAUGAACAUCAAAGGACUGAACAUCGCCCAUGUAAAGAGCCACCUUCAGAUGUACAGAAGCAAGAAGAUCAACGAACAUGGCCAAGUGGCGGAUCAAAGGCUUGUGAUGGCAGAAACUGGCGAUCGCAACAUAUUUACUGUCAGCCAAAUCCCUAUGUUCCAACGCUAUAACCAAACCUACCCCUCCAAUAUUUUCCGAUUUGGCGGGUCUUCCUGGAGCGCUUACGAGAACAAGGCCUCGGCAGUCCCUCAAGYGAGAUCGAGCCUAUUUGGUGGCAGCAAUGCAGGCUCGUUCAGCGAACMGAACACGACGKUGACGAGAAAAACGACGCGAGAUUUGAAAGCCCCAGAUGGAGAAAUUGACUUGAGUUUAUCGCUGAAGAUUGCAGCAAGAGAAGAGAAGAUAGAUCACAAGAGAAUGAGGAUAGAAGAAGAAGAAAAAGUUGCAGAAAGUAGAACUGAUUUGUGUCUAAGUUUGUGCUCAUAUUAUUCAAUAUCUCCUUGAAGGAUGGAAGAGGAGAGAGAGAGAGUAAGUACUCUGGAUCUGACUAUAUGAAUUCAGAGAUCAAAUUCUAAGUGAGAUACUGAGGUACUUAUUUGAUCCCCACUUGUAGCUAAGUGCAUGUGUAACGUCAUUUUUCUUCAAAAUGUAUAUUAGAAAUUCAGACAUGCAUCAUAUUAAGGCCAAAAUAUAUUCAUGGUUUUGCUGCCUA